GCAACGCUGUAACAGGAGGGGGACGAAGUAGCGAAACUCCCGGAGAGGCGGGAGCUACUCUGCAAGCCUGCUGAAAGAGGAAAAAAACGAAAUAACCUUAAAAACAGAAACCGAAGCAGACGCCAAUCCUCAGAAAUGUACAUUUACUGGAAUACUUUUUUGUAACGUUGAUAAUAUAUUCUAUGUGAAGAAAGUAUGUAUAUAUUUUUUUCUAUUUGCACUAUCUAACGGUACUUAAGAACUACUGCGAAUUUUAAUUUUUUACAAAAAAAAAGUCAAUAUCAUACCCUGUGGAGAACAUCACUUCACUACAAAACCAGCACUUUUCCUUUUGAACCCGUUUUAUCCAAAUACUGGUUGCUUUCGCCAUCCUGCCUGGAGAGCAUCCGUGUUGCCAACCACGGAUAAACAAAGCAGACCCAGUGGACACAUUCAAGGUCAGACACACCCAAUCUUUACCUACCUGGUAAACAUCGGCAGUUAGCUAUGCAGCUUGAAAUCCAAGUAGCUCUCAACUUCAUCAUCUCGUACCUGUAUAACAAGCUGCCAAGGCGGCGCGUUAACAUUUUCGGCGAGGAGCUGGAGAGGCAGCUGAAGCAGAAAUAUGAGGGUCACUGGUACCCAGAAAAGCCAUAUAAGGGCUCAGGAUUCAGAUGUAUCCAUGUGGGGGAGAAGGUGGACCCCGUGGUGGAGAAGGCAGCCAAAGAGAGCGGGCUGGACAUUGAAGAUGUCCGCAACAAUCUGCCACAGGACCUCAGCGUGUGGAUUGACCCCUAUGAGGUGUCCUAUCAGAUUGGAGAGAAGGGCCCAGUCAAAGUAUUGUAUGUCGAUGACGGCAAUGAAAGUGGAGCAAGUAGUGGGGGGCUUGAUCUGGACAAGGAGAUCAAGAACAGUUUCAAUCCCGAUGCACAGGUCUUCAUGCCCAUCAAUGAGCCUGUGAACGCAGCCUCUCCGGGUUCCACCUCACCCUCUCCUCCAUUUGGGCACUCGGCAGCAGUCAGCCCCACCUUUAUGCCCCGCUCCACGCAGCCUUUAACCUUCACAACUGCCACCUUCGCCGCCACCAAGUUCGGCUCCACUAAGAUGAAGAGCAGCGGCCGCAACAACAAUGGCAGCAGUAGUGCUGGGAACAAGGUGGCACGUACCUCUCCUACCAACCUGGGCCUGAAUGUGAACAGUCUCCUGAAACAGAAAGCCAUCUCCACCUCCAUGCACUCUCUUUACGGGUUGGGCCUUGGGGUGCAGCAGCAGCAGCAGAAGCCCUCAGCCCUGUCCCCUAAUGCCAAGGAAUUUGUGUUCCCCAGCCUGCAGGGCCAGGGCAGCCAGAGUGCUCUCUUCCCUGGAGACAGCUCGCUCAGCCUCAGCCCGCUGCAGUACAGCAAUGCCUUUGACAUGUUUGCGGCCUACGGUGGCCUUAACGACAAGUCCCUUAUGGAUGGCUUGAAUUUCAGCUUGAACAACAUGCAGUAUUCUAACCAGCAAUUCCAGCCAGUUAUGGCCAACUAGUACACAUAAAAAGGUACUACUUAAGCUACUACUUCACACAGAACGACCAGAGAUAAUGUGAUAGGGGGGAAGCAAACAACAUGUAAACAAAAACAGAAUGUCAUGAUGGAAUGAACAAGUGACUUGUCAGCUGUAAGAUCUAUGUAACAAGUCUAAGAGCAUGAGCCCGAGGGUGAAUUACUUUGCCCCCCUGAGUUAUACCUUUAGUACAAGAUGUCCACGCUUGGUGACCUUCAACAUGCAUCAUUGUUAUUUCUUUUGCCAACCAAGCACAACUUUUUUUUAUGUGACUGUUUUAAGAUAUAAAAAAAGACAAAAAAACACCACCACAAGUCAUGGCCUCUUUCAGUAUUUAAAAAUAACUGGACACAAAUAAGUGGGAUUUCCUGGUCUUUUUUCUAAUUGUAUAAUUUAAUUUAGUACAGAGUUUGUAAAAUAUCAGAGUAUCUAUUGUUUCUACGACAUGGUAUUGCAUUUAUAUCUUUUUACUACUUCAGUGAUCUGUGAUGGCUGCAGCAACUUUAUGUUUUCUUUUUUUAUUGAAAUUAUAAAAUGAAUCCAUCUUUAAAAAAAACAUUGACUCUAUUCUAAAGAUUGUGUACAGAAUAUUCCGUAGUGGUGGGAUUUUAAGAAUAUUUUUUUUGGAAAAACACAAGAGUUGUAUUUUCUGUUAAGAGUUUAAAGAUUUUUGCUAUAUUAUGGACAAAAUGUAAUCGUAUAUUAAUUUUGUACCUACAUUGUGCAAUACUUGAUAAAACAAACGGUAUAACAAAGUA